GAAAAUAAGGAGUAUGAGAUUUUAAACAUAAAAAGUUUAUUCUUGGUGGGAGAGCAUUUAAAAAAUGGGGGUGGUUCCCAAACAAGGAAAUCCGCUUCUUCUCCACUGCGGCUUCGAAGCGAAAUCUGCUUCUUCUCCAACAGCCCCCCUCCCUGGGUGGGUAUGGCUGUGCAAGCGACCCUAACAAGUUUUCACGACUUCUCGCUCAGCAAUUUGCGAUUGGGCUGCAGAAUCCACCGCCAUUAUCCAAAGGAGUUGCACAUCAGCGGCGGAUGUAACCUCCAUCAGUGGUGCAUCGUUUCAAUUCUCUUCCACGUCUAUCUCUUUCCCAUCCCCAUGGUUUCAUUAAAUUUUGAGCUACGUGGUCUUUAGCUGCCUAUAAAUUCAGCUAGCUAGUGAUGAACUGGAUACACAGAUCAAUACUCAAAGCAUCUCCAGAGGGUCUAGGACUUUCAUAAAUAUCUAAAAAAAUUGGGUGAUUCAUUAACACUUUGACAUCGACAUGAGAGGGAAUUCCCGUUGCUGAUUAGUUACUCGAUUUCCUAUUUGGGCAGCAGGAUCCACCGUCAUUAUCGUCGUGAUUUCUGAACCUUCAUUAGUGGUGCACUGAUUCCAUUCUCUUCCACGUCAUCUCUUUCCUAUCCCCAUGGUUCCGUCAAAUCUUGAGCUACGUGGCUGUCUUUAGCAGCCUAAAAAUUCAGCUAGCUAGUGGGUGAACCAGAUACACAGAUCAAUACACAAAGCAUCUCCAGAGGUUUCUCAUUUUCUUUCAAAUUUCUCCUUUUAAAGAUGAUUUCUUUCUUUGUAUAAUUUUGAUCUCUAGGGCUCAUCAACAGUUAAAAAGUAGCGCAGAAAUGUGACUUCAUGAGUGCCUUUGUGGUUGAGGGUUUGAAUGCAUUCAUUUCUUCACAUAGCGUCUAGGUUUCAUUAUCUUUGGAACCUCCAUUUGUAGUGCACUGAUUCUGUUCUCUUCCACGUCCAUCUCUUCCCUAACCGAAUGGUAUUAUGUAUAUACACUCAAUUUAUUGAAAUGGUAGACAAGUUUGACUUUAUGUAGUAACACUUUGAUAACUUUUAUGCUCCUUUUGGGUGUGUUUAGUUGUUGGUGGGGGAGACAGGAAAAGUUUUUCCACACCUCAUUUGGUUCAACACAAAAAUUUCCACUCCUCCCAUCGUCUCAAAAACACGCUUGGGAAACUCCAUUUUGGUUCUACUUUUUUCUGUAAUUACAACAACCCAACUGAAUAUCACUAGAGUAGAGAAGAGACAUUGCCCCUACUCGAAAGUAGAGAGGCUAUUUUCAAGAGACCCUCGGCUUAAGCUGCAUAGAUAUAAAAGAUAAUAGGCGAUAUAUAAAGUAAAAAAAACACAAAGCACACAGAGGCAAGCAAGAAACUAGAGUUAGCGAAGGGAAAGUAAUGCAAACAAAGAGCACCAAGAAAACGCGACAUACAAAGCACACAACAAGUACAAGAAACAACCCUCUAGCCAAAGGCGAAUCACUUUGUUCCAACUCUUAGGUCCACCCCUUCCCCUACUUCCACCCACCAACGUAAGCAUCUCACAUCUUUGCUCUGGGGCGUCAACAUUCUCUUGUAGCUUAUCUUCCACGGGUGCUAUGGCUACUUGACCUUGGAUAACCUCAUUCAGAAUCCUAUCCAGCCUCGUCUGCCCACACACACAUCCACUGUAACAUCUGUAUCUCUGCAGCAUGCAGACGAAUGUGGGUUUUUUAACCACCUAGCACUCCGUCCCAAACAGCGUAGCUGGCUUACCUUUCAUCCUAGGUGAAAUCUUCUUUUCGCACAGGACCCCUGAACCUAACCUCCACUUAGCCCAAGACGCUCCAACAUGAUGCACCACAUCUCCAUCCAACUCCCCAUCUGCGUCAAUGACUGAGUCAAGAUACCGAAACUUGUCAACCUUGGGCAGUGGGUGUGAAUCAAUCCUGACUUUCACCACUUCUUCCGUUUCACGACCGCUGAACUGACAAUCCAUGUAUCCAGACUUGGUCCUACUCAAAGUCCUCCCGGGAAAGGCACCAAAGUUCCAACUUUUCGUCUAGUCGUUCGUGGGUAUUGUCGAUAAGCACAAUAUCAUUAGCAAAAAGCAUGCACCAUGAAACCUCUCCUUGAACUCCUUGCGUCAGGACAUCCAACACCAGAGCGAACAAGAAAGGUCUAAGGGUAGACCCUUGGUGUAACCCCACCUCUAUCGAGAAAGGUUUUGAGUCGCCCCUAAUAGUCUUUACCCUAGUCCUUGACCCACCGUACAUAUACCAGACCCCACGAAUGUAUGCGGUCAGAACUCCUCUCCACUCAAAACACCUCUGUAGGACCUCCCUUGGCAUGCUAUUGUACGCCUUCUUGAGGUCAAUAAAGACCAUGUGAAGAC